CAAGUAGCUCGCCUCAUCCGAGCUCCUCAGAGAUGACCGACGAACUCCAUCUCUCGAAGAACUCUGAGAUUGAUUGUUUUCUCUUGGAUACGUUAUCUACAAAUUUGCUGAAUCUUUGUCUGAUUGGUUAGUUGUCUUGUCUAUGUCGACUGGUUAGCAACUCAUCCUAUUUCCCCUUUUAGAAAGUGUUGUGAUUUGGUUUGAAUCAAAGCCUUCUGUCUCUAUGAAAUAAUCAACUGCGUUGGCCUAAACUUUGUUGUGCAGCAAAAUACUAAUGCCUGUUUUGCAUCAUCUGUUGGGUUUAGCAGUUUAGCUCCAAGAAGUUGGUGCGGGGCAUGGUUUGGAAUUAUCUAAAAUAUUGUAUUUACAUCUCAACAUCUCUGUCGCACUCAUAUUGUUGGCCUGAAGGAAGGUUACGUUUUCCACUCCCUCUUAAGUAUUUUAGGUACAGGUAGUAAAUUAUUUCAUGUGAUUGACUGUUAGGUCAAUAAAGAAUAGUGGCUCUUUAGUUUGAAUGGUAGUUUGAAGCUUGACCUUGUACAGCUUAGCAUGUUUCGUGUCAGAUGCUAGUUUUUGUUGCUGAAAGCUUCAGGACUAAGGAAGUACUCUGACACCCCUUUAUAAGUCUUUCUUCGAAUUGAAUACAAAGCCAAACUAGUUUUGUAAUUGUGCAAAAGUAUCUUUGGUUUGAGGUUUCUCUUGGUAUUUAGUGUGAAGAAACCUGCAUCACAAUACCGAGCAUACUUGGUUCAUCAUCCUCGGUAAUUGUUGUUGUUGCUUGAUUUCUAUUGAGUUGGAUCAUCGCUGAUGGGACCAGGAGGACCAGGAGGUGGAGGGCCAGGAGGCGGAGGGCCUGGCUGGGGUGGGGGUCCUGGAGGCGGAGGGCCUGGCUGGGGUGGGGGUCCUGGAGGUGGAGGGCCUGGCUGGGGUGGGGGGCCGUGGGGUCCUGGGGGGCCGGGGGGUCCUGGAGGGCCUGGAGGACCCUGGGGGCCUGGUGGACCCUGGGGGCCUGGUGGAUUUGGUCCUGGUGGCUUCUUCGGGGGAUGCGUAGAUGGCUUAUGCGGCAUGAUAACUUCAUGCAUUUCCUGCUUGUGCUGUUGUUGGUUGCUACGAGAUUGUUUUGGUGGACCAGGUGGCCCAUAUGGUCCUCCAGGUCCGGGAGGACCCCCAGGGUUCUGAUUCAGUCGCUCCUGGUGUUGUUUGAAAAGUUUUUAAGUCAGUUGCAUGUGGCAAUUGCAGAUCCUUGCAGUAGUAGGCUAGUUGAUUCAGUAUCUUGAUUUCUUGUUAUUUGACAAUCUUGAUGAUGCUAUUCUGGGCUGUCAUAGUAUAUUUAGCUCUAUUUUUCGUUUUGAGUGAGCUGGGAUUCUCAAUUGUUUUGUUUGUUGGGUCUUGUUUUCCUUCUCUCCCACAAAAGAAAGAUGUUUUGAGGAUCUGAGUUACUGGAAAUCAGAACAUUUGUAUCGGCCAUGUAUGUUAAUUAAUAAGAUGCAUUUCAGAAUUAUUUGCGAAA